UGGCCGGGGCCGAAGUUCCGGGGAAACUUUCGGGUCUGGAGGUCGAUCCACCACCGAACGAUUGCUCGGGUACUCCAGCCGUUUCUAAUGUCGUUUAGGCCCUGCCUUGGGAGCGGGCGGUCAAAACGACAGGUCGCGCCGGUCAACAGAAAUAAGAAGCCACGCCAUCGUUCUAUCGUCUCAUCGCGCGGCUCGUGGUCGUGGAAUAGCCGUCACCGACGAACCCUAAUUCGAGCUCAAAUAUGAAAAGGGCAAUGCCUUGGAGUGAUGAGGAAGAGGACUCAUCUGAAGAAUCGUCAUCGCAUUCAGAUAAUGAAUCUGAUGAUGGCGUUGGGAAGACGAAAGAUAAGAACAAAUCUAGGAGUGAACAAUCUUCCAAAGGGAAAUUUGGAAAGCAGAAGAGUGGUGGAAUGAGUUUUGAAGCAUUGAAGCAACACGGUUUCAAGGGCGGGUUAUCGGUCUUAGGAGUGCCCCCUCCAAAAGUCGAGGAUGACCAGAAAGACUGGUCGUGGUCCACCGGGAGGGAAGGUCGUAAGACCGAGGAUGCCGAUGAAUCGUUCAAAGAUCGGCAAAGAACAAGAGCAGCGUUAGCAUCUGGAGAGCAAUUGGCGGAUGUUCAAACCCGGCAAGAGAAGAAGAAUCUUUCCUUCUCACAGAAGGAAAAGCGGAAGAGAGAGCUUGGUCAGGCCAGCAGAGGGAAGAAUUAUGUCGAAGAAGAGAAGAGGCUAUUGAGAGAUAGUGGUAUUUACUCUGGCUUCGAUUCAUGAACUUUGAUCUUCUUCCGAAAGUAUGUAAUUUUGAAAUAUGGAUUUGCUGAUCAACUUCUAGCUGUUGGCCUGUACUUCCUGUGGAAUGUUAUCUGAAAUGUAACAGAAGAAAGCGCACUCAGUCAUACCUAGUAGCAGGGGUGGGGUGUAGUGAUCGACCAUUGUGGUUCUUGCUUUGCCCUUGAGGCGGUACGAGGGAGCAUUAACAGUAAGAAGUAUGACGCAACCAUUUCUAAGGAUACUGGUUGUUUUAAUGGUUGUGGGCGUUUGUGCUACAACGAUAUGUUCUGCGGAGCCAAAUAUGGUAUUUUCUGCCUUAAAAUUGGAUCUCUAUUCAUCUGUCAUGAAAAAUUGUUCUA